AGCAGUGUCACGGGAAGAGCGAGUCAGGACUCGGAAGAGACGGCGAACCCCCGCCACUUCCGCUCCACUCCCCUGUGUCCCGGCGAACAAGAACCUCUCUACUGCCAUCUCGCUUCAUUCCCUCCCACUUCCCGGCAGUAUGCCCGCAAUCCAAUCGAGCUCGUACAGGACGCCGUUACCUGCCUCUCAUCCACCCUUCGACAUCCCACAAUAUCCAGUCGCAAAGUCAGACCCUACGACUCGUCAAGCUUCCCCAUCCGCGCAAGAAAAUUACAUCGCGGACGUAUUAAUCAAGUACGGCUGUCUGUGGGAGGAUCAUGCGCAUCACAUCCGCGUCAAGGGCUUGAAGAACCACGCAGGCCUCAAAGCGAUCUACGACAGGGCCCUCGCUCGCUGGACCACCGAUCCGCAGUACUCACAAUGGCGGGGCCCCAGGACAUACCUAGCGGGCAGAGAAGAAUGGCUUCACUGGAUCGACGGUGUGAUCAACACCGCAGGCAAGCCGAUUGACGCCAUGACCAUCGAAGAUGGGUCGUAUGUGGGGUUGAAGCCAAUCAUCGGUGCAAGUGCCGCCCUGGUCGGGACCACCUUUACCUACAAGGAUCCAAAGACUCAGCACCCGCGGACGUGUACCGUUACCGGCUACUCUUCGACGUUGCAUGGCGUCGAGUACACCGUCCAGUAUGACGAUGAUGGCGCAAUGUCAGACGCGAAUGACAAGAACCAGACGAUGAGUGACGACGACUUCGAGCAAAUCUGGGACGCACGCCUAGAGGAAUGA